AUGGGUAGGCUGCCAUCUUUGAUUUUUCAGAGAUUAUCGUGCUCAUUCUGCUAUUUUGCUGUACCUGUGCCUAUUUGCAUGAGAAAAUGCCCUCCUUGCUGGACGGAUACAAGACCGGAUUUUCUGGAAUAUUCUGGAAGGGCGCUCGUAUCGGAGAACGGUUAUCUCCCUAUGUGUGCGUGGGGUGUCUGA